AAGAUUACAAGUAGAAGAAGUCAUGACCUUUUUCCCCUUUGCAGAAUUUAAGAAAGUUUCUAUAACUAACAAACUUAAAUAUUACCUAGUCAUGAAAUAGCAACGCGUACAAGCAUGAAUGAACUCAUAGUCUCCUCAGUAUAUCCCACAACUGGGAAUAUGCUGGAAGCACUUAUUCACAUCUCUAACCAAGUAUUUUCAAUGGUAAAGUUUUCAUUUGUACAGAUGAAAAACAUUUCAACUAUGGUAAGAAGGAUCAAGAUUCUUACUUCAUUGUUUGAAGAAAUUCAAGAAACAUCAUCCGCUGCAGCACGACUUCCACCAUCUUCCAUCCUUUGCUUGGCUGAACUUUCAUGUGUCAUACAAAAGGUAAAGCUGCUUAUAGAAAGUUGCAAAGAGGGAAGCUCUUUGUGGAACCUCAUGCAAACAGAGUUGAUUUCCAACCAAUUUCAUGCACUCAUCAAGGAGAUGGACAACGCACUUGACAUUUUACCUCUGAGGAUGCUUAAUGUGACUGUUGACACCAAGGAGCAAGUAGAGCUACUUCACAAGCAGGCGAAAAGGGCUGAUUUGUUCAUUGAUCCCCGAGACAUUCAGAAAAGGAAAGAGAUUCUACACUUGAUGGCUACUAACUGUGAUAGGAAAAGCAAGAACAAAGGCCUCAUUGACUUUGAGACGGUGAAACAGAGUCUCAAUAGCAUUGGUUUGAGAAGUUCAUUGGACUAUGAGGAAGAGAUCGCAAAAUUAAAGACACAAGCCGAGAAACAGGCAGGCACAGGUGGUCUUAUUGCCGUCUCAAAUAUCAACAGCCUAAUAUCCUUGAUGUCCUUGUCAAAAACUGCAAUUUUAGAAGAAGAGUACCUCAUGAAUAGCCAAAAUUUGAAGCAGACAACAUCGAUAAAUGUUCUUCCUGAUCAAUCCUCGUCGUGUUAUUCACUGGUUUCCGAUGUCCCUGAUGAAUUACGCUGCCCAAUUUCACUUGACUUGAUAAGGGAUCCCGUGAUAGUAGCAUCAGGUCAUACUUAUGAUCGAAAUUCAAUUGCUCAGUGGAUAAAUUCAGGGCACCACACAUGUCCAAGAAGUGGGCAGAAGCUCAUACAUAUGGCUCUAAUUCCCAACUAUGCAUUGAAAAGUCUAAUACAACAAUGGUGCCAAGACAACAACAUCACAAUAACAGAACCCAAAUCAACUCCUUCAGAUUCAGAGAGUAGCACCAGUAAAAUUAUGAAAUAUGACAAGGCCAUUGACUACAUUUCUGCAACUAAAGCUUCCAUGGACGCAGUCAAAAUGACAGCAGAGUUUUUAGUUGGGAAACUGGCAACAGGGUCUCCAGAUAUACAGAGAAAGGCAGCAUAUGAGCUAAGAUUGCUCGCGAAAUCUGGCAUGGACAAUCGCAGGAUCAUAGCUGAGUCUGGAGCAAUUCCAUUUCUGACGACUCUGCUAGAUUCCCGCGAUCCAAGAAUCCAGGAGAAUGCAGUCACAGCCUUACUCAAUCUCUCAAUACAUGAGAAUAACAAGAUCCUGAUUAUGUCUGCUGGUGCUAUCGACAGCUUAAUUAGAGUUCUCCAAUCUGGGCAAACAAUGGAAGCAAGAGGAAAUGCAGCAGCAGCAAUCUUCAGCUUGUCUGUAAUAGAUGAAUACAAGGUAAUCAUUGGGGCACGUCCCAAAGCCAUUCCAGCUUUAGUUGGACUUCUAAAAGACGGAACUACAGCAGGGAAAAGGGAUGCCGCCAUAGCACUCUUUAAUCUUGCAGUCUAUGGUGCCAAUAGGCAAUGUAUAGUGCUUGCUGGAGCUGUUCCCCUACUCAUUGAUCUUCUCAUGGACGAUAAGGCUGGUAUAACUGAUGAUUCCUUGGCAGUUCUUUCCCUCAUCUUGGGCUGCAAUGAAGGGCUACAAGCACUAAGAAAGAGUAGAAUCUUGGUGCCUCUUCUUGUUGAUCUAUUGAGAUUUGGAUCUUCAAAAGGGAAGGAUCAUUCGAUAACACUUCUGCUAGGACUCUGCAAGGAUACUGGAGAGGAGAUAGUAGGAAGAUUACUGAUGAAUCCAAGAAGUAUUCCUUCUCUCCAGAGCUUGUCUGCUGAUGGCUCUCUGAGAGCUCGAAGAAAGGCUGAUGCUCUCCUAAGACUACUUAAUAGAUGCUGCUUUCAAUCUCAGUAAGCCUGACAGAUUAGAAAAAUGAAUAAUGUGUUAACAAGAACGUAAAUAGAUGAAAAUACUUUUCACCGUAGUUUAUUGUUAGAACCUUUAUCCCAUUCACCUUCAACCUGAUAACAUCCAAUCAAGUUGUAAAACCAUUUUUUCAUUAAAGCAACAUUGAAAUGCAAAUUAUUAUGAGUCACUAUACAGUUUCAGCUUUUGCUACAUCAAAAACCUUCUGAUAUGACUAUUAAAAGAAGAAAAGAAAAGAUCAAGGGGGCAGGUGGGCAAAAGCACUGCCAAAGUGCAAAUUAAAUGGAGAUUAGACAAUAGAACUUUUGAUCAAACAGCUCAAGAUAUAAUUGCAUUUCAUGGUCCUCUGCCAAUGAUGACACCUUAUUGCUUAGCAUUAGUAACCAGAAAGGCAAUCAUGAUAAUAAUAGCGAGUAAAAUGCUUCUCUCCCAACUUCAACUCCCGGUAGAAACAGCGUUGUUCACAUUUCACACACUAAUUAGACCUUUGUAGUGGAAAGAAAAAUCUGUAAUUUGUUCACAUUUUAGUUGCCUUGCUCUCUUUUUCCUCGAAAGAUAGCACUGCAACUUCAGUCCAAAGAGAAGAGGUUAUACCCAACUCCCAUCAACCUAGAAACAUAAAACUCAACAUAGAUAGGUCACGAGCAUAUAUCUUUCAUAGAAUCGAUCUUGUUACAGAAAUCAAGAAGUAUAUAACAAUGACCAGGAAACCUGGAGGGGAACUCAAUUAUUCACAUUUAUACAGGGGUUAAAAAGGAAAGAAAAAUAUACAACUGUGGUAUUGAGGUUUGUAAAGUUGUGCUUGCACAUGAUUUACAACUAAAUUACAAACAGCCUCAAUCACUUUG